AUGCGGCGCUGCACAGAGACCACGCCGUGCCCGGCGCCGUUUGGACGGUGUUCGGCCGGUCCCCACAUCGACUCCACCACCAACCCCAACUACACCGCCGACCUUGGCCAAACCCUCCACCUCUUCAAUCCGCGCAGGCGCCCCGCCAAGCCCUCCAGAGCCUCGUCCGUCGACAUCUGGGUUGACGACGACGCCGAACUGCUGCCCUUGCCCACCGGCCCAAUGCCGCCCGCCCAAAGACCCAAGGCGCCCCAGAAGACGUCCAUUCCGCCUGAUCUGCCGCCAGCUGGCGGCUCGCUGCGCCCCCGGCGAAGGCGCGUGUCCGCCUUGCUCGCUGAAAGGGGUCUGGCUGCCGCUGAGCGCCACGCGACCGACAAGACGAGCUCCAAGUCAGACCCCCGCCGGAGAACUGUAGACGUCCCGUCCGACGACACCAACAUCCACCCUGGAUAUCCUCGGCACUCCCGUAGGCCCCCAUCGCCUGACCUUGGCUUCGAUCUGGUCACCUUGUCCGAAGAGGAGCCCCACGGCCUGCCCCCUGCCAUCAAGCAGGCGAAGACUCUGGCCACUGCUCCAAAACGCGGGCCUCUUCAGAAGUCCUCACGGCCUUUGCAAGCAGUAUCCUUUGUCGAAGAUGUUGUGGGCAAGAGCCUGGGCAAGGAGAAUAUCCCGCCUGGCAGAGGAUUGAAGACCGCCAAACAGCUCCGUCCCGUCACAGAUGCUCCAGGAAAGCCCAAAAAUCCAGAACCUGUCCGCAGGCACUUUGCCGCGAAGACAGCAGCGACCCGCAAGCGAACCGGUUCCGACAGCGUUAGUUCUCCUUCCAAGGCGCUCAGGACAACGACGUCCACUACAUAUGCCAGACCGCCUCUCCAAGAGCCAAUUAAAGGGCGCCAAACGAGGUCUUCCACAUCCAAACCGUCAUCGCCCUUUCAUGCUUCGAGGUCACCUCCGCAGGUUUUGCGUCGCAAUCGUGCCGCGAAACCUCCCUCUAAGCUUGGUGCACCGAGGCUACCUCAGGGCGUGCAGAGUCAAGACAAGUAUCCCGUACUCAGUGAAGAUCUCGACAGACCUGAGCUGUACGAGGACAACUGGCUCAGCUACCAGGAAGUCUCCAUAACCCAGCUGGUUAAUAAAGUGUUUGAUUACGGCCAUCUACCUUCAGCGGGCCAGAACCUGGAAGAAGGAGAAUUGCGAAGGAGUCUGUUAGCCGUCUAUCAGGAUCCUGCGAUCCCGCUUCUGCACAAGCGCCUACAAGCGUCCCUUAUGUGUGGCGCCCUCAGUAUCCCUAAAGAUGUUCUUGUCAAGACGCUUCGCCUUAAGGACGACGUUGGUCUUCGUCGAAAGUACCUCAACCUGUUUGUGAACACAUACGAGCCGUCUCUUCUCAGAGCCGCGGCUGAGGUCAUUGUUGGACGUGAAUGCCGAGUCCCAACACGGCCUUCUGCCAGGGCCACCGCCGCUAGCGGCGAUCAGCGUCAUCGGCGAACCGAAAAGAAGGUCAUCGAGGGCUUCCUCGACACGUUUUUUAUCCGCAAUGAAGAUGCGGUUCGGGUCAAAACUGGCUUUGGAAGCAUUGCCAGUAUUGCACGAGGCCGCGACAAGGCCGACGACUUUGGUUCUCAAGACUGGUCGUGGCGGCGCAUCACUCUGCGCAGUCUCAUGCUCAUCCUUCUGCUCGAUAUGGCCAAAGCCAAAGGCGUCAUCGGCUAUCCACUCUUUCAAGUAUUAUCAUCCUUCAAAUCCUCUCACGCCGUACUCCAAGAGCUCGCCAGUAUGCUUGUACCGUCACUUGGCGACCUCUCACGUCCGCUGGCGCAUUUGAAUUAUCAUCUGCACUAUGUCCAGUACCCAUUGCAGGAGUACAACUACCGUGUCGAGAAUCUGGCAACAGACCUGCGUGAUGGUGUGCUUCUUACCAGGCUGGUGGAGCUUCUCCUCUAUCCCCCAACCUCGUUAGCUCUCCACCAGGAAGUUACGAUCACUAUGCCUACGGGAGAUAUCUUGACAAGCUGUCUCAAGGAUGAUAAAGAGCUACUGGUGUUGUCUCAGCACCUGAAGUUUCCAUGCGUCGGCCGUGCUCAGAAACAGUACAAUGUCCAAAUCGCGUUGAGUGCACUGGAGGGCACAACGGGGGUUGCUGAACACGCCUUGAGGGACGUCUCCGCAGAAGAUAUUGUCGAUGGUCACCGUGAGAAGACUCUUGGGCUGCUGUGGAGCUUGGUCGGGAAAUGGGGAUUGGAUACGCUAGUUGACUGGACGGAGCUUGAAAAGGAGACGCAGCGAUAUCGAUCCCGCUAUCACAGCAACGUACCCAAUGUCUAUCAAGAUCAAGAUACUGCGGAAGAAUCUGGGCCGAUCGAGCUCCGAGGUCUGGAGAGGUAUAUGGCUCUUCUCCGUGGUUGGGCGGACGGUAUUGCGCGCUGCCGUGGCCUCCGUGCGACCAACCUUACCACCUCCUUCGCCGAUGGCCGUGUCCUUGAGGCAAUUGUUGACGAAUACAUUGCCUGUUUUUCUAACGCCACCGGACACUUCAUCAAUGGUCUUCCAGCAAAAUUACAGUUGAUCGGCUGUAGCACCGCAUUCGUUUCUCUUUUCGCACCUGCUUCGAAAACGUUUAACCGCUCGAUUCCCUCGAAAGACUUCACCGUCACAACUCUCGCUUUCCUAGCCUCACGUCUCCUUCCGGCUGGCCGUGCCCAUCAUGCCGCCAGCACCCUGCAGCGCUGGUACCGUGCCCGUCUACUACGCCGUGAAAUGUCAAAGCGUGUCACACUCAUGCGCCUAGCUGCGCAUUGCGCUACCGUAGUGCAGACACGCGAGCGGGUUGUUGGCGCUGCUGUCGUGCUCCAAAGAGCAUGGAGAACUGUCUUGGACGCACGCAUUAGGAAGCUUGUGGAUGAUGUCACGAGGUUCCAGGCAUUGGCGAGAGGCUGGGGUGUCAGGAACAGAAUGCCAAAUGGCACCAAGACAAGGAGCCGAAGAAUGAGGAAAACCGACAGAAUAAGGGGUGGCUGGUAG